GUUAGUACUGACCUCGACACUGAAUUAGGGAAUUAGGCAUGCCGCUUUCGAACCAUCGACUGAGCUCCCUGAAGAAACCGACUUCCCACAAUAACGAAACCGAAACACUAUUAGUAAUUGCUCCUGCCACUGCAUGGUCAAUUUAACGAUACAAACAUGGCGCGCUCCGCGAGCUGUUGCAAGUUGUUUUCUUGAAUGCCGAUCUAUCUUAUAUUAAUGUCGUUUAUUCUGUGUUAACGCAUUUUCACACUGUCGUAUAGACAUCGAGAAAUUGUGCGAAUUACGCCAGUCUCACCCGCUGUCAGCUGUAUACGUUGUGCCAGGAUUUUUCUGUGUGAGCUCCCGACACUCACUGUCGCAUCUUGAACCGUCCGAUAUGUCUUUCUCAUUCAAAUUUGAUGUACCGGAUGCUGAAGAUGCGAACCUUAACCAAGGCGAGCAUGUCAAUUCAGAGUGCAAACACUUGACCAAACCUGUUGCACCUUACGAGGAAGUAGUGCCGAGGCAGGAGCAUGAAAACCGGCACGAAAGUCUGGAAAGAAGCGUGCUAGACCUGACAUCUCUCAAAGUAAUAUUUCUAAUUGGCGGCCAAAUGGAAAGCCUUCUCAGGGGUGAUGUUCUUGAGGCGACUGAAAGAAAUCUGGACAUAGUUCCCAGUGUUUAUGAAGGUGGUAUGAAGGUUUGGGAGUGCUCCAUUGAUUUGGCGGAGUAUAUUGAAAGCCAGCUGAGCAUUGAUGACGAUACCAAAGUACUCGAGCUUGGAUGUGGUGCUGGCCUUCCAGGUCUCGUGGCCUGCCUCAAAGGCGCAUCUGUGGACUUCCAAGACUAUAACAAGCAGGUGCUGGAGCUUAUCACCAUACCCAAUGCCUUUGCUAAUAUUGGUGCGCGGGUGAAGAAAAGGUGCCAUUUUUUUGCAGGCGAUUGGAGUGCUUUGGCGGACAACAUCCUGCCUGCCCAGUAUGAUGUCAUCCUGACAAGUGAAACAAUUUACAACACUACCAGUUACCAGUCCUUGAUCGCAGUUCUGAAGAAGGCAAUCAAACACUCUGGCAUUGUGCUUGUUGCUGCCAAAACUUGCUACUUUGGAGUUGGAGGUGGCACAAGGUUAUUUGAAGAUGCUUUGGCCAUAGAUGGAUUUUUCACAUCUCGUGUUGUUUUCAUCAUGGACUCUGGUGUACAACGAGAAAUACUGGAAUUGCGUGCCGUGUCUCCACCCUGACGUUACCUACAGGUAUGCAAUAAACACUUUUGUACAGAG